UAUCAGGUGAUUCAGGACCCAAUAGUACCACAUUGUUUAUGCCUGUCUACGUGUUAGCAGACAGGUCUGAGUCUGAUUCCCCGAGACGAUAUGGGCAAGAUUUUACAUAUGAGCUUAACAUUUAUUUGAGAUUCAAAUCUAUAUUCCAAGAAAAACGUAAUAAAGAUCCAUAACCUUGACCACCUAUUUCUUUUUUAAUUGAUAACGACCGUUAUCUUUCUUUUGACCUACCUCUGAACCACACGGAUCAAUAUAUUAAUAUAGAUUUUUAUUGAUAAUUAAAUAGACUUUCGUUGAACCCACAUGGUGCCUCGGGUCAGGAGAUAAAUAACAGCAACACCAACAGCUAGUGGGUCCACCCACGUGAAGGCUCUCCCAGCGUGGCCAUCAGAAGAUUAAUUCCAUAAUGGAAGACUUAACCACAGAUCUCAAAGCCUUCCUUCUGAACCAGCCAUUUCUUCAACUGAUCGAUAAUAAGAGGGUCAAAUGUACACUUAAUGACCACGAGUUUCCCUGCGAUCUAGCUGAACUACAAAGAUUUAUAAAUGGGAAGAAAUAUCAGAAGUUGAGCUCUGUGUCGGAGUUCAACUACAGCCAGUAUGAACCACACAUCGUUCACAGCUCCAAACAACCAAUGCAGCUGUUUUGUAAACUGACUCUAAGGCACCUCAACCGGCAGCCUCACCACGUCCUCAAACAUGUCAACGGGAAACGCUUCAAAAAAGCCCUUGGAAAAUAUGAAGACUGUAUGCGAGAGGGGAUUGCAUUUGUUCCAGCCAGACUACAAAACAAAAGGCCCAAAAACCACAACAAGGUUGAGGCAGAGGGACCUAGGCGGAGGGGGUCUAAACAGAAAAAUGAAGUGUGGGAGCCAUCCUCCAACGAUGAAGAAGAGAUCGACUCGGAAGACAGCAUGAGUGACCUUUACCCCCCAACUAUGUUCUUGCAAGAUAAUCCAGAAGCUGAAAUUAAGGUGGAGAAGGAUGGGACUGGAGAGAAGAAGGAGGAUGACUUUCAGACAGAUGAUGACAAAGAGGAGGAGAACAUGGAGGUUGAAAGUGAUCAUCUGCAGAAACGCAAAAAGGCUCAGAGUGGUGGAGUCCACAAGAAAUUCAAAAAUAACAACUGGAAAAAAAAGAAGAGCACAGUACCUUGAAACGAAACUGUUUGGGCCGUGGCCAGAUACUUUUGACUUCUUAGGAUAAUCACUUGGAAA